GCCACAUAUCUGGCUCGAGGGUUUUUUUUUUAAAAAAAAAAAAAAUAAAGCGAAAUGGAUUUGAAUGAUGCAUCAGCAUGGGAUGACUCUGAACUCAUUAACACUUGGGAUGAAGCACUUGAAGAGUACAAAAGAUAUCAUAGCAUACACCUAUCUGGAAAGCGCCUCGAUGAGGUUUUAAGUAAGGAGGAAUGGGAACAAGUUCUUGCUCAACGACGGGCGCUUCGAAAAGGAGCACAUAACCGUACGGUACGACAUGACCAGGAUGGAGAUGCUCAAAGCAAUAUCGAUGUAGACGAAAAUGAGAAAGACAUGUCCAUGUCACCCGAGCGCGACAUUCCGAUCGAAGUUGCUAUCAAACAACAAGAACCAGUACCGCAACAUGACGGCGAUAGCCCAAGUAGAGCCCAAGCACAACCUGACGCGCCUACGGGCAGUCUGCAUUCGAGCUCAACGUCACAUGUACCGCUUUUACUCGGAGUACAAGACGAGAACCUGAAAAAUCUGCUCAUGGCGUGGUACUACGCUGGGUAUCAUACCGGUUUGUAUGAGGGAAGGCAACAAGCCAUGAAGGAACUGAGCAAGGAAUCAUCGAAAGCUUGACCUCAAGGCGAUCAUCAUGAUCAUUCUUGAAACGAAGUUUACAGGCAGUUUUUCUUUCUAGGAUCUUGCCCUUCGGUGCUGUGUGCAUGUCCAGUUGUGUAUGUGAUCUGUUGCAAACGAAUACCCCAAAGCACUCCAAAAUUAUAUAGCAAUCUGUCAGUGGGCUUAUGUUCAGUUGGUCGAUUUGAGACAAAUCGUCUUCAAGCAAUAGUUGUAAUGCGGCAGUGGGUACGGCUUAAAAUACGAAUGCGACAGCGGAUUUACCACAAUUUUAAGCUUAGUGACAGUGUUUUUUUUUUCUCGUGCAGUAGUGUUUGCGGGCGUGGUGCAUGUUUUUGUUUCGUGACGGAUCUGCGACACAACUCGAGACACCAAAGCUCAGGUUAGAACUAGGCACGGA